UAUGUAUGACCAAUUGCCCUACUCUGAUUGUCAUGGUGGGUCUCCCAGCAAGAGGAAAAACCUACAUCUCCAAGAAGCUGACACGCUACCUAAACUGGAUUGGAGUGCCCACAAAAGAAUUUAAUGUUGGUCAGUAUCGUCGAGAUUUGGUGAAAAAGUAUAAAUCCUUUGAAUUCUUCCUGCCUGACAAUGAAGAAGGCUUGAAAAUCAGGAAACAGUGUGCCUUAGCCGCGCUGAACGACGUCCGGCAGUACCUCAGCGAGGAGAACGGGCACGUGGCUGUCUUUGAUGCUACAAACACAACUCGAGAACGUAGAGAAACUAUUUAUAAAUUUGGUGAAGAAAAUGGAUAUAAGACCUUUUUUGUGGAGUCUGUAUGUGUUGAUCCAGAGGUCAUUGCUGCAAACAUUGUGCAAGUGAAGCUGGGCAGUCCUGACUAUGUGGAUUGUAGCAAUGAUGAAGCCACAGAAGACUUCAUGAAAAGAAUAGAGUGCUACAAGAACUCCUAUGAGACUUUAGAUGAAACUCUGGACAAGGAUCUUUCUUACAUUAAAAUCAUGGAUGUUGGAAGGAGUUACCUGGUGAACAGAGUGAUGGAUCACAUCCAGAGCCGGAUUGUCUACUACCUCAUGAAUAUCCACGUGACUCCUCGGUCAAUCUACCUCUGCCGCCACGGGGAGAGCGAGCUCAACCUCAAGGGCAGGAUAGGAGGAGAUCCUGGGCUGUCUGUCAGGGGGAAGGAAUUUGCCAAAAGCUUGUCACAGUUUAUUAAUGAACAAAAUAUCAAAGAUCUGAAAGUUUGGACCAGCCAGAUGAAACGGACAAUUCAGACUGCUGAAGCCUUGGGAGUGCCUUAUGAGCAGUGGAAGGUUUUGAAUGAGAUAGAUGCAGGAGUAUGUGAAGAAAUGACAUAUGAAGAAAUACAGGAAAAUUAUCCUCUUGAAUUUGCACUGAGAGACCAAGACAAAUACAGAUACAGAUACCCUAAAGGAGAGUCCUAUGAAGAUCUUGUUCAGAGGCUGGAGCCAGUAAUUAUGGAACUGGAAAGGCAGGAGAAUGUGCUUGUCAUUUGUCACCAGGCUGUCAUGCGCUGUCUGCUCGCCUAUUUCCUUGACAAGCCCGCAGAACAACUGCCCUACCUGAAGUGCCCACUGCAUACCGUCCUAAAGCUAACCCCAGUGGCUUAUGGAUGUAAAGUAGAAUCUAUAUUUCUGAAUGUCGAAGCUGUAAACACGCACAGAGAUAAACCUGAGAAUGUAGGUGUGAAUAGGUCGAGAGAAGAAGCUUUGAGGACAGUGCCCACCCACCUAUAGCUGCAGCUCCCGGGGCAGCAGCCCUUCCUCCAGCAGCUCAGGGCCCCGCGGUGUCGGAGCAGGGCGGGAUGGACGCGCCUCCCCUCCCCUUCCAGACAUUUCGAAUGUGAUUCUGCUCCUUUGGACAAAACCUGUG